AUGCCAAAAAAAUCGUACAUACCAACUCGCCUAUUAGAGCGAUCAAGUCAGUUACGACGACUUAAAAAUCAAAAAAUAAACAUAACCAUAACCCAACAUUCAGGCAUACUACCUCAGAAUCAUUCACAAUCACCAUUAAUAGAGCAUAUAGAAUUGGAAACCACUAAAACAACAUCGCCUGUCCAACUGCAAAUUGAACAAAAUGAUAUCAUAGACCAUAAUAAGAAUCUUGUACAAUGUUUACCACCCAAUUCAGUGUUAAAUACAUAUACUUUUAAAGAAAAAUUAGCUCGUUUAAUUAUUGAUGGAAAUAUACCACGUAAUAAAGUAACUGAAUUACUGCAUUUAUUACACAAUGUUGAAGAUUUAAAUGAGUUAAAGAAUCUACCAUUAGAUUCUAGAACUCUAUUAAACUGUCCUAAAUCUGGUAGUGCAUCUAUUAUUCCAAUGGAAAACGGUCAAUAUUUUCAUUUGGGACUAAAAGAAGGUUUAACACACUUAUUGCAACAGUAUCCAUACUUGCAACAAUUAAAUAUAUUACCUGUUUGGAUAGCAAUAGACGGAAUACCAAUAUUAGGUCAUGAAUUUUGGCCAAUUAUGGGAGGUCUAAAAUUGGAUACUGAACAAAUUCUUCCAUUUGUGAUUGGAGUUUACUGUGGGGACAAAAAGCCAGGAAAUGUCACGGAAUACUUGAAACAACUAAUUGAAGACAUUAAUCAUAUUUUAGAUGAUGGAUUUGAGUUAAAUAAUCAAAUAUAUAACAUCAAACUUAUGGGAUUUAUAGCUGAUGCACCUGCCAGGUCAUUUUUGAAGUGUAUCAAAGGACACAUGGCUUAUUUUUCUUGUGAAAAAUGUACAGAGGAAGGAUAUUAUACAGAGAAUCGUAUGUGUUUUCCUGAUGGCAAUGCAAAUUUAAGAGAUGACAAAUCAUUUCGUGAGAAAUUGCAGCCAGAACAUCAUACAGGGGAUACACCUUUACUAUUAAUACCAUCUUUAGGUUUGGUUUCAAAUUUUCCAUUAGAUUACCUACAUUUAUGCUGUUUAGGUAUUAUGAAAAAGAUAAUUAGACUUUUAGUAAAUGGAUCGAUCAAGCAAACUGGAUUAUUUGGAUGUGUAAGACUUCCUUCAAUAAAAAUUAAGGAAAUAAAUAAAAGGAUGGAAACAAUAGCACCAUUUUUGAGCACAGAUUUUGCUCGCAUACCGUUGUCACUAAAUAAAUAUCGUGAUUUUAAGGCAACUGAAUUAAGACAAAUAAUGUUAUAUACAGGGGCAUUAAUAUUUAAAGACAUUGUACCGGAUCCUAUCUACAAGAACUUUAUUGCAUUUUACUGUGCAAUGCGUAUACUUUCAUCACCUAGAGCUACAAAUAAAGAUGAGAAUAAAUUUGCAGAAUCAUUAAUAAGAUAUUUUGUUGACACUUUUGGAAUUAUAUAUGGGACUUUUUUAAUUUCAUACAAUGUGCAUUCAUUACUUCACCUUCCCAAUGAUGUACUAAGGUAUGGAAACAUAAAUCAAUUUAAUGCGUUCUGGUAUGAAAAUUUCUUAGGCCGAUUAAAAAGGUACUUAAAAUCUGGAAGAUAUGCAAUAACUGAAUUGUACAACAGAAUUAUUGAAGAUAGGUUAGCAAGGGAAGAAAAAUAUUUGCCAACUAGCAACAGUUAUCCAGUUUUUAAAGAAAAUCAUAAUAAUGGACCACUAUUAAAUGAGCAUGCGAACUGUGAACAAUAUAUGCAUAUGAAAUUUGAACAUUUUAUUAUUCAAAUAAGAAAACCAGAACAACAAAAUUUAUAUACUCAUCGAGACGACUGCAUAAUUGUAAUGGAUAAUGACAUCAAUAAUUACUUUAUUUUUGUUGUAGAAAAUAUUUUAGUUCAGAGUGAUAACAAGUUCAAAAAUAUAAGUUUUAUAGGAAGAAAAUUUCAAUGCAUAAAUGAAUUUUUUGGAAACUCUGAUGGUAUUAGUGUUUCAUCAAUAAACGUUGGUGUCUACUUAUGUAACUAUUUAGGACCUAUAGAACAUUAUGUAUUAAAUAAUAUGUCUAAUAUACAUAAAGCAUGUAUUGUGCCAAACGUUUCAUCAAACAAUGAAAGUUAUAUAGUUUUUAAAAUACUACAUUCAUAA